GCUGACAAUACUCAAAUCAAGAUGGAAGGGUCGUGCUAUUACUUCUUAGGAAACGAGUUAGACUUCGACUCAUCCGCAGCAGCCUGUGAGGAACUAGGAAUGCACCUAGUUUACAUCGGAUCGGCAGACGAGCAGAAAUUUCUGAAGGAGAACCUACCCCUUGAAAACCAGGAUUAUUGGAUCGGAAUGGCCCCAGUCACCUGGUUGGAUGGCUCGGGGCUGACUUACUCCAACUUUGCCAAUCAUACGAACACUUUCAAGCGUAACGGAAUGUGUUUCAAUCUAGCUCCAGGAAAGUCUUAUCAAUGGUUGGAUGAUGACUGUUCCGAUGGCCAUAGUCACAGGUACAUCUGUGAGAAAGAAGAAAUUCAGUCAACCUCUACUCAGCAAUCAACACCAAUAACCACCACCAUGUGCACCCCUGCAAGUACUGCCCUAACCAAUACUACAACUCACCAAACAAUGUCAUCAAGAGUGUCAAGUUCCACCACCGGGUCGACCACGAGUAGUUCAAUGCAAUUUAUAGAAACCAGUGAGGCGGGGCAAGGGUCAACUCAUUCCUUUCUUUCAACUGAUGCAAUUCCGGAAACAGCGGCGACAUUCACAACAGAGACAGCAGCAACGGCUACCUGUCAAUCUCUGGUCAGAGGUCGUGAUGGUGACCGCAAGGGCUACAAAACAUUCCAACCACUUGCCCGGAACGUUGCCCUAACCGUUGGCUAUGUUCUGUCAUCGUACACGGGUUCAUCCCUUAUCGAAUGCAGCCAGUUCUGCCUUGCUGAUCAACGUUGCUCCUGUUAUACUUUCGUCGCCGAAGAGGGCGUUUGUCAGCUUGGUCAGGAUUGCCCGAAGUUGUCGAUACAUGCUUGGAAAAAACAGCAAGGAGCCAUCGCCUAUUCAGAACUCAAAGAAGGCCGCGGAUGUUUCUAGGUCAGUGGGUCUUGUGGCCAGUCAAACUGCACUUUUGAACAGGAAACGGAAUGAUACAUGAGCCCAUAUUUUGGCGGCUCUGUGAACUUUACGGAAAAUGCCCCCCCCCC